CUCUUGUCCAAAACAACAGAGCGCCGUCAGUGGACAUCUCUGCGGCAACUCUUUCUUCAGUUCCUCCUCUUUGAUAAUCUCUGCUUACUCUACUCACUCUUCUCAACUCUUCUUUUUAACUCUUGGGACAAAGGUUUUGUAUAGAAAUGGAACUUGGAUCCCUUUCUGAUCCCUCUCAGUCCACAUUCUCUUUGAUUGAUGAGGAUCAUACAUUCGCGAAUGCUAUCAGAUAUACUCUGAAUCAGGAUCCAAGGACAAGUUUCUGUGGGUACAGCAUUCCUCAUCCAUCAGAUAACCGAGUUAAUGUUAGAAUCCAGACUACAGUUACAGGUGAUCCAGCAAAAGAUGUAUUCAAAGAUGCAUGCCAGGAUCUCAUGGUGAUGUGCCAACAUGUGAGCAACACUUUUGACAAGGCUGUGGUUAAUUUCAAAAUGAGCAACUCUGUGGAAGGCAUGGAUAUUGAAUCAGAUAGUUAGAUUCUCAGAUUCUCAUCUAUAUGAUUACUUCAUUCUUGAUUACGAAUGUAGGUUAAUACUGUAUGCACUUACAAGUUCUAUUUCACUGUUUCAUGUAUUUGUGUUGGUAGCAAAAUUAUGUCACUAGCUGAUUCUUCUAAUGGAAGUAGUUAAUUAUCUAAUU